AUGUCUGGAAUGCCAAAUGUUGUUGGGGCAGUUGAUGGAACUUUGAUUCCAAUAAUAAGACCAAGUGAGGAUGAACAGAUAUUUGUGUGCAGAAAAAAUUACCACAGCUUAAAUGUGCAAGCCAUUUGUGAUGCCAAGAUGAAAUUUACCAAUGUAGUUGCAAAAUGGCCUGGAAACACACAUGACAGCUUCAUAAUGCAGAAUUGCUCUUUAAGUGAAAAAUUCGAGAACAAGCAGAUAGACGGCUGGCUUUUGGGUGAUUCAGGGUAUCCCCUGAAACCAUGGCUGUUGACACCCUUCUUAAAUCCAUCAUCAAAUGGAGAAGAAAAAUACAACAGAUGUCAUAAAAGUACCAGGAAUGUAAUUGAGAGAGCCUUUGGACUUCUGAAAUCCAGGUUCAGGUGCUUACACAAAACCACAGGAUGCCUACACUUCAUCCCAAAAAAGUGUACCAACAUUGUUGUAGCAUGCUUCAUACUUCACAACAUUUGCAUAGACAAGUCUAUUCCACAGCUGGAUGAACUACUGGAAGAUGACAAUCACGAGAAUGACCAUGAGCAACCAGAGGUUUUCAAUGUUUUCCGUGAUGGUUUUAACACACGUGCCUCCCUUGUGAGACAAAGGUUCAACUGA